AUGUUCAAAGCAUGCAAGUUUAGUUUAUUUGACAGUAAAAGCACCCAUGAUUUGUGCCAGGAUGAUGAUGAAUUGCCUGAUCUUGCCUCUACCUCACAGCUCCAGAAAUGGCACAAAAAGGGUCGAGGGGACAAAAUAUCUGCCCAACCAGUAAUGGAAGUCACCGUUACUAAGACUAAACUAGAUGAGGCAAGGUGCAGAGAAGGAGUGAAAUGCUUGAUACAUGAUGCAAGAUGCAACCCCGAGCAUGACUUUCAAGCUGAAAUGAACUUGAAAAAGGCUCUUGAGAAAAUAAAUCCUCAAAUGGGUUUAUCAAUAAUGGCAAGAGAGGAUUCUUCUCUCAGCAAAUGUGUGGAGACGAAGUUUGGCAAAAGUCAAAUUGGCUCAUUUUGUAGCUACCAAUUGACUCAUACUGAGGCAAACUUUGUGGCUACCAUUGACAUUUCAUCUGUACCAAGAAAUGACAUUGGUGAAACUGAACUGACUUAUCCCAGGUUCCCGCUAAACUCGGGUAGUGAUUUUGUAUGGCCUGACAACUUGACUGUGUCUGAAAAGGCACUCAUCAGUUCUCUUGUGGUUGAUGAAAUUAAGAUCAACAAUAUUGAGGAAGCCACAAGAGAUCAAUCAUCCUCAGAGCAGUGGAAGAAGGAACGAAAAUUCAGAUUCACUACUUCAAAAUUUGACCUCAUCUCAAAAAGGCAAAGGAACCAUGAGAAGUUUGCAGUGGAUCUCAUUAAUCCAAAGCCAUUCACCUCAAGGUAUGUGGAACAUGGCAUAAAAUAUGAACUAAUUGCUAUCCAAGAGUAUGAGAAAGUAAUGUUCACACUGAAGACACCUGUUAAGGUUUUUAAGAGCGGGUUUGUUGUUUGUCUGGACAUGCCAUUUUUGGGGGGCUCACCAGAUGGCAGAGUUGUCGAUUUUGGAUGCCGGUAUCAUUUUGGACUUGCCGAAGUAAAAUGUCCUGAAACGAAAUUUCAAGUAACCCCACUAGAUGCCUGCCAAGACCCCAAUUUCUUUUGUGAGGCUGUCAAUGGACAAUGUAAACUGAAAAAGAAUCAUGCAUACUAUACUCAAGUGCAAGGCCAAAUGGGUGUAAGUGGAGCAUCAUGGUGUGACUUCAUUGUUUACACAAAGAAGGGCAUUUCUGUAGAGAGAAUUCCAUUUGAUCCUGCCUACUGGGAAACUCUGAAGCUAAAGCUUCACACAUAUUACUUUAACCAUUUUAUUAAAACUGCAGCAACUGAGUUUGCAAAGUAA